AUGACUCAGACCAAGCGCUCCAAUUCCAACAAGUGUCUCAAUGUCAACAACAUCAAUCCUCACAUUCUCGCCGCCAAGUAUGCCGUGCGCGGUGAGCUGGCUGUGAAGGCCGAGGAGUACCGUCAGCGUCUGACCGACGGCGACAAGGCCCUGCCGUUCGACAGCGUCAUCUUUGCCAACAUCGGAAACCCCCAGCAACUCGACCAGAAGCCCAUCACCUUCUUCCGUCAGGUCCUCAGUCUUGUCGAGAACCCGUUGUUACUGGAGAACUCCGAUGCCCUCAAGACCUCCUUCGGAUACAACCAGGAUGUGAUCGACCGGGCGAAGACCCUCCUGGCCAACGUGCAAAGUGUGGGUGCUUACAGUCACAGUCAGGGUGCGCCGGGCAUCCGGGACAGCGUUGCCAAGUUCAUUGAAAAGCGUGAUGGAUUCCCCGCCAACUCGCAGGACCUCUUCCUGACCGCUGGUGCCUCUUCCGGUGUUAACACGUUGUUGAGUGUUAUCUGCAACAGCCCCAAGGCCGGUGUCUUGGUUCCCAUCCCCCAAUACCCUCUGUAUACCGCUACUCUGGCUCUUUUGAACGCGCAGUGCGUCCCUUACUACUUGGAAGAGCAGAAGGCUUGGGGUGAUCAACCCCGGCAACCUACGGGUGCCUCCCUCAGCCCCGACGAUAUCAAGCAGGUCAUUGAUGUCGCCGCCGAGGAGCACCUUGUCGUUAUCGCCGACGAAGUCUACCAGACCAACGUCUUUGAAGGCGAGUUCGUUUCCUUCAAGAAGCGUCUCCGCCAGCUGCAGCAGGAGCACCCUGGAAAGUACGACGAUGUGGAACUGGUUUCCAUGCACAGUAUCUCCAAGGGCAUGGUCGGUGAGUGCGGCCACCGCGGCGGCUACUUCGAGCUCGUCGGAUUUGAUCCUCUGGUGCAGGAGCAGAUCUACAAGCUCGUCAGCAUUGGAUUGUGCCCGCCGGUCGUGUCGCAGUGCUUGCUCGAGACCAUGGUCAACCCUCCCCGCGAGGGUGAACCCAGCUACGAGCUCUACCAGAAGGAGUACAAUGGUAUUCGCGACAGUCUGCGCAAGCGCGCCUUUGCUCUGUACGAUGCCUUCCAGCGCAUGGAGGGCGUCGAGUGCCAGGAGCCCCAGGGUUCCAUGUACCUCUUCCCUACAAUCAAGCUGCCCAACGGAGCCGUCGAGGCCGCUAAGGCCGAGGGUCGCCCCGCCGACGAGUUCUACUGUCUGCGUCUCCUCGAGGCGACCGGUGUCUGCGUCGUCCCCGGCUCUGGAUUCGGUCAAAAGGAGAACACCCUCCACUUCCGUACAACCUUUUUGGCUCCCGGCACCGAGUGGGUUGAGCGCAUCGUGAAAUUCCACGCCGACUUUGUGCAGAAGUACCGGUGA